GAGAGGAGGGGGUAUGAUGAAGGGGAAACGUGGAGCAAAUGAGGAUGAAAGAUGCGUGCCAGACGGAUUUUGCAAACGUGGAAUGUAUAACGAUCUGUCUACUGGUGUAUUGAUGACUUAAGCGAGAUGGGAGUGGUAUGGGAGGAAGGUGGGAGGUGUAAGAGGAGGGUUGGAAGGAAAUUGGAGGGUGUGAUUGGGAAAUUGGUGCAAGAGAAAAUUUACUAGGAUGAAAGAUGGUGGAAUAGAAGCAUUGAUAUGGAUUAGAAGAUGGAAGUAUAUUAAAGACUAAUUCAAUCAUGAUACAUGAACAUUAUGGAAAGUGGGAUUAAUAGGGAAAAGAGAAGAUACACACUAUAUGGGUGAGUGUAGGAGUAGAGUGUAGGAGUAUAAUAGCCUACAUGUACAGUUUGCAAAUAUUUUUUUUGUUGAAAUUCUUUAUCUUUUUUAACUGCAUGUUCAACAUGACAUCUUACUAUAAAUGCCAUGGCAGUGAAUCAUAAGAUGCCAUUUUGUGAUGUUGAUAUUCUUUUCAAUAUAAUUGAGGAUGCCUCCAUGAUUAAACUCGUCUAGAAAACAUCAAUGCACCAGUAAUAAAUUACUUCAUCUCUAUGUUCAUGCUUUGUAUUUUUUUGUUUUUUCAGCUGGCAGGCUCCAUCAUUAGAAGAGAAACAGAUCCGACUGGUUGUCAUCAAAGAGUGUGAUGUGAAGGGCAAGAAAACUAUCAUCGAUUCAAAAGCCAUUCAUAAAGUGGACCCCCAAACCACAGAGACUACUGCCAAUAGAUGUUCCAGCCGAUCCAGCCAUAAUGCCAACGCUGAUGUCAAGAAUAACAGCAAACCAAUUGGUUCGAAUAUUGUGGAUGGCUAUCAGUACACCCGUCCAGGAUCCGAUGUGAAGAUGUUGGGUGAGAUGCUGUUUGGUUCUAUCCCGAUGAGUUCCAACGGUCCUAUCAUCAAAGUCCACACCUUCAAGAUGCCUCCAAAGGUGAUGCUGUCAAGGGUCUUUCAACUCAAACCUCCAAAUGAGCAAUUAGAAACUGAUGGAGGAGACAAGGACUCCAUUAGCCUCUACUGUGCGGACAUGACCAUCCCGAGGAGUAUUAGCGCUAAUAGCCUGCCCUCUGUUGAGAUCGCUCGCAGCAUGCCCAUAGCGAUGCCCACACCACCCAACAAACUAGGUCUGGAUGAUGAGAGUGGGGAGUUCUCAGCAUCUGGAAGCUUCUUGGCACCUUUCUUGCCAUCAUCUCCAGGGAGUGUUUCAAGCUCCGCCUCCAAUGGUAGCCUCCACAGACGAUGGUUACGCAACCAGGUUACCAGUAUGGAGAAUGUUGCUAGGAGAAGGUCAUCAGAAAAUAUUUCCAACGUGGAGGAGCCAAUCAGACGGAGGAAGCGCUACCCAAAAAUCGGUGUCGCUGUUCUAUUCAACCUGCCGGAGCAACCCUCUGGAAGGGAGGACGAAGAGUUUAGACGAUUUUUCUUCUCCCACUUCUCUCUGCUUGAGGGACACUUCCAGAGACUGGUGUCUUCCAUUGAGAAAGCACUCAAUUAUCAUCGCAAGAGCUUCAUUAGGCCUGUGAUGGAGGCCCUUGAUCACUUUAAGCUGAGUGUGAUCCAGCUGUACACCUCACCUAGAAUACAACGACCCAUCUGGCUUAACCUCAUGACCUACCCCCAGCAGAGAGGUCACCUGUGUGAGCAUCUCAUUCGAGAGUUGGGCAGGGUCCUCGAAACACACAACAGCAAACAGAACAACUUUUUUAUGAGUCGUCUGAUGACGGGUGUCCUGAUGUACCACCUAGCGUGGGUUCCUACAGUGAUGCCUGCUGGUGCCACACCAAGCCGUGCCUUCCUUGACAAACAUUCUUCAACAACUCUUGAUAUAUUAGCCAAGUGUCAUCCAUACAACCCACUCUGGGCGCAGUUGGGGGAUAUGUAUGGCAACAUUGGCCUUCCAAACAGGGUAGCCAAGACGGUCAUUGUUGGAAAGCGUGCUGAUGUGGUCUGCCGGUUGCUUUACGUGUUGUCCUACUUCAUCCGAUGCAGCGAGGUCCAUGAAAUCAACGAGAAGUGCGAAGACAUCAUCAUGGAAUGUACACAGCUAGCACUGUCCGAAUCUGACGAUUCAAUUGAUCGUCGACGAACUUUGACUGAGGACAUGUUUCUUGCCAAAACAGAAGACAGUGGCAUUGAGGAUGUAGGAGGUUUGACUCAAAGUGAAUCAAGCAAUAAGCCUUUGUUUUACAUCCAGGAUAUGCCGAAGCUUGUGGAAACCUCUAGUGAUGAUGGGGUAGGGUUGGAGGGUGAGUCACAAGAAGGUUUGGCGGUAAGGAAGUUAAGAUGUAUUCAAGAGCGUAAGAAGAACAGAACUAAUGUAAUACUGUCCAACAACAGCAAUGCAAGAACUCAUAGUCGGUUUGAGGAGAGCGAUGAUGUUUUCAGGGACAGCACUGAUUCUAGAACUUCUCAAUUAAAUCAGGUUGUAGGAGGAGGGGAUACUUGCAAAGUUGCUGAAACAACUGCAAAGUCAAAUUCACAAAGUGUUCAACAUGAUCAGGAACCUUCAAUCGUAUGUAAGACUUUAGACAACAGUUUGCUUGUAUCUAAAUUAGAAGUUGUAGUGCCUGUUGGUCGGGCUUCGAGGAACAUUGAGGACCUUCUUAAAUUUGACAUUGAUGAACCUUUAACAGCGAAAGAUUCAUCAAAAGAUAGUAAUGAUAGAACGUUACAUAGCAUCAACGAUUGCAAUGAAAAUGAUAAGUUUGUGAUCUCUAAAGUUGCGAAAUUUUCAAAUUCUCAAGGAUCAGGAGAGAGUGUAUCGAAACCAGAUAUUGUCCUUUCAAAUGAACACAAUUCUGACUCGAACCACCGUGUCCUGAACUCACACAAGGUUUCAGACUCCAUAGAUAUCACCACAAGCCCUUGUCAAAGAACAGUAUCACCACCAAGCAAGGAACAUUUAGCGGAUGCAACACAGCAUCGGCUAACACCAAGUCAUACCUCAAGUAAUCACUCAGGCCAAGCCAUUGGACAGAAUCAACAUCAAAUGUGUAGACUCGAGUCGAUAGAGGAUAAAGGAUGCUAUGAACGAUCAUCUGAUUUAUACAAGCGAUCUGUCUCAAGUAUGUCGGCUGUAUCUUGUGCCUCGUCAGCUCUUUCGGAUCACACCUGUCUGGAGCAUGAAGAACUUCCAUUGGCUUGCUCUGAACAGAUGUUUGAACUGGAGUUGGAAAGGACCAAGUCCCACGUCGAUAACUUUGGCCGCUCCCUUCUCGGAGGUUACUGUCAAAACUUUGUGCCUGACUUUGCCCUUCAAGGUGUCCCUAAACUGGACAACAAAAUGGUGGAGAGGAGCCUCAUUGAUUCUUCACAGCACCCAGUCCUGGAUGACUCCGUCUUGGAGGAUGUGUACCUAGUGGCUGAUACGGACAACUGGUCAGUUGAGACAGUGUCUUGCGAGAGGUAUCAAGGAUGCAGCAACAAACCUGUCAAUCAAGAUGUAGGGAUCUCAGGACUUGUUGAUCAGCUCUUGGAAUCAGUCAUGCAGCUCCACCGCAUGAAACUCUCAUCAGACUUUUGUCUAAUGCACCUAGAGGAUCGUCUGCAGGACGUGUACUUCCAGAGUACUUCAGUGGCGUCCUACCUAGAACACAAGCCUAUGAUCAAGGCUAAAGCCCUGGCUGGAGCUGUGGGUGUUGACUGCACAGAUCUUCCCUUACUCUUGGCUGUAGCGAGUGUCCAUUCCCCGCAUGUCAUUGCUAAUGUUGUGAGGGAGACCAUCGAGCAACAGCGGCUAUUGGUUCAGCAGGACUCCCCCUGAUCUACCUACGAAAAAGAUUAGCAGAUGAUCAAGUCAAGGUCGAGCCGGUGUAAGUGUGGACAGUGAUUGUGCUGAUCUUGUGCCUUUGAAGGUAACAAUUCCUCAGGCCUUUGAGCAACAGACCACAAGUAGAGGAUUGAGGGAUAGGCCUAUCCAGUUGAGCUGUGGACAUUGAUUCUGCUGAUCAUACUUCAAUGUGAAGCUAAACCAUUCCUCAGUCCAUCAAGCAACAACAGCAUUUUCUGCUUCAUGCAACUCUUUGGGACCUCUUUACCCAAAUGACCAGCAAAGUAUUGAGGACAAGGCCUAUCAGGUGGAGCCAUCUACAUUGAUAGCAUUGAUCAUACUUCAGUAUAACCUUUAGAUCAUUCCCUAGACAUUUGGAGAACAGCCCUUUUUCCAGCAGGACUGUCUUCUAUCUGCCUACCUAGAAUGCAACCCUAUGGUCACUACUAGGGCAUUUCUGAUGGAGCUGUAGACAUUUACUGCGUACUGCAUCCUUUGCUAUCGGCAAUAGCAAAUGAUCAUCCCCAGACCAUUGUACAGUAACACCUCACUGUUGGCUUUUGAAAUUGUCCAGAAUUUGUGCAUCAUCGAUUAUACCAUACUGGUGACCAUCAAACAACAGUAUCUGUUGCUUCAGGAGGACAUACCCUGAUGGGUUCUCAUUUUAGCUGAUGUUCCCACCUCUCUCUAGUGACUGCGGACAGCCAUCUCUUCCUGUUACACAUUCAGUAGCUCAAGGGAACGCUAUUUUCAUGACUGCAGAUGACAUCACUUUGCUAACAUAGCGUGAUUUUUUUGUUGCAAUCGCGCUAUCAGUGGCAAGAUCUGUAGGGGACACAAUAUGCAAUCCCCCAACCUGGCUGUACCCAAAAUACCUGGGACUACGAGGGUUAACUGAUGUCAAGAUAUUGAUCUUAGCAUGCAAAUACAAUUCAAAUGUUUUUGUUUUACUCUUACAAAUAUAUGAAAGUUAAAGUUUAGCAAUUGGUAAAUAUUCAUGGAAGUGUUAUUGAAAAUAUUUAUGGAUAUCCAGUGAUAAAUUCAAAAUGUUUCAACUCUAAACUAUAUGGGGAAAUUUUGAAGUUAACUUAUCGCACAUUUAAAACAUUACAAGAUACACUGUAUAAAUGAAGUCAAUUUGAGUGCCUUCUUUAAUCUUUGCAGAUGAGUAGAUUUGUGGAAGGAAACUUGCUAAAGAUGAGAAUUAUUGUGAUAGCUGAAAAUGGAAAAUUAUUCAUUAUUAGCAACGUAUUUCAAAAUGAUUGUAUGUAGAUUGCCUUACAUUUAAAUUAAUCUAUAUACAUUGUAUAAAUGCAGUAAUGAACAUGUAAUUACAAUGUAGGAUCGUAUUUAUUCACAUUGUGCAAUUUUUGAUACAAUUAUGUAGACAUGAUAAUAUUUUCUGUGUAGCUAAAUCACCGAUAAGUAUCUUGUUACCACAUUGGCUACCUGUAUCAAGUCAUCCUUUAGCCUGGUAUUCAGUUAAAAACUUUGAAUUUCUUACAAAGUAUACUGCUUGGCAAAGGAUUUUGCUGAUAUGAUGUUAAUAACUAGCUAUAUUCCACUUUAAUGUUGCACUUAUCUUAUUUGAACAAUGUCUUGUAAGUGAUGCCUCUAUAUGAUAUUGCUCUACAUAAAGAAUUCUCUUCCCACUGGUCAUCAGAUGCUGGGUUACUACUCACAGUGUACAUGUAUAAAUCUCAAUUUCCUAGGAUUUCUUGAGUCGUGACAUAAGUCCUAUCCAGGUUAAAGUACAAGAUCUGGCUUUACAGGACAAGUCCACCCCAACAAAAAAAUGAUUUGAAUGAAAAGAGAAAAAUCCAACAAGCAUAAUACUGAAAAUUUCAUCAAAAUCGGAUCACAGAAUAAGAAAAUUAUAACAUUUUAAAGUUGCACUUAAUUUCACAAAACAGUUACAUGCACAUCCUUGUUGGUAUGCAAAUGAGGAGACUGAUGACAUCAUCCACUCACUAUUUAUUUUGUAUCUUAUUAUAUGAAAUAUUCUGAUUUUCUCCUCAUUGUCAAGUGAAACAACAAUUAAUUCCUCCCUGAACAUGAGGAAUUAGCAUUGUUUAAUACUAUAUGAUUCUGUCAAGUCGGUUCUUAUGGUCAAAUUUGUAAAAAAAGAAAUAUUGUAUACUUCAAACAAUAAAAAAUAGUGAUAGAAAAAAUAGAAAUAGUGAGUGAUGGACAUCAUCGACUGACUCAUUUGCAUGUCACUGAGUUGUGCAUAUCACUGUUUUGUGAAAAGUAAGUGAAACUUUAAAAUGCCAUAAAUUUCUUAUUUUACAUCCGAUUUUGAUGAAAUUUUCAGUGUUAUGCUAGUUUGAUUUUUCUGUAUUUAUCCAGAUCAACAUUUAGCUGGGGUGGACUUGACUUUAAUGUUCAGUCUCUAGGGGGCCUGUUUCAUAAAACUUAUUACAGUAACAAAUUUGCAGUAACAGUUAAUGGGUACUCCAAUCCUUAAUUUUGAUUGGCUGAGUUUUAAACAUGUUCAGAAAAAUGUGUAUUUGUUAUUAUAACUGGUCUUUAUGAAACAGGUCCAAUAUGGUUAACAGUGCAUGGCAAUGGGCAGUCGGGUCGCUCAAAUUGUGAAGCCAGCAGCAUUGAUAUUCUCAUCUUACAAGAUACCAAUUACCGGUAAACACCUAGGUGGAAACUGAUAUUCAGUUCAUAGAAUCUCACUUAAGUCAAAAGACAUGAAGCCCCAAUUCUUGCAUAUGAGAAUCGUAACACCUCCAAUUCAUAACAAUUUAUUGUUCAAUUUAUGUAUCGCAUCCAGUUUUUGCUAUAUUUUGCACAACUUAUUACGGUGAUGACUGCAUAUAAAAACGUAUACCUGCCGAUCAAGGCAUUCAAAAUACGAUGCAAGAAUUCAGUCAGACCUAAGUAAUAUGUUCAUAUUUAUAGGAUACAUUGUAUAUGCAAGAAAGGCAUUAACUUGUUAAGUCAGUGGGGAAUUUUUGCUUUCAUCAGAAGUGGUCAUGAAAACUGCCCAUUAAUUUAUAUUCUCAAUAACCAUAUUGUGAUGAUUGUUCUAAAUGCGAGAGAGAGAGAGAAAUGAUGGUUAUUGUAAACCUUUAUAUGUGGUAAACUUGAAGACAAAAAUGUACACAUUAAUUCUAGAAUGAAAAGUUUGCCUUGCCAGCAGUGAAGCAUUAUGUCCUCUUGAUUUCAUGGGUGUGGUGGGGAGGGGGGCAGUGGGCAUGAAUAUGGACAAUGUGACUUAGGGGGUGUUGCAAGAAAAUAUUUGCGAUCAAUUGCAAAUAUUCUGUUGCAAAUUUUAAACUGAUAGAUCAACGUUAGCUGUAGCAAAUCAGAUUAAACUUCUUGUUUUUAGGAGCAAAUUAGCAAUCAAUCAAUAAUUUGCAAUUAACUGCAAGACAUAUGAUUGAUCUAGGGACCAAAAAUUGACUUGCAAUUGAUCGCAAGUUUCUUGCAACACCCCAUUAGCAAUACAACUAUUAGUUGCAGGGAAAAGCAUUACACGGGGGGCUGGGGGUGAUUUAGCCCCCAAAAUUAUCAAAAGAGCACUGGAAACUGUAAAGAAAAGCAGUCCUGGAAAAUCCCCAUUCACUGCAAUGUUAAAGCUUGUCCAAUGUAGCAGAUGUAGGCAGUAGGUUAAAAGUAGCCCCAGAAGAUUAAAAAAAAAUAAAAAUCUGCCUGAUGAGUUGUCUCACCAUCUCUCCACCUUUCCCUUUCAUUUUAUCUCUCCAACUUCCUGGGGCAUGGAGGUGUGGGGGGGGGGAGCCUCCUUUGUGAUGUUAACAUUUCUAU